AUGGAGGAACUAAAGUCCAUCGAAGUCAACAACACUUGGUCACUUCUCGAUUUGCCUCAAGGCAAGAAGGAAAUCAAUGUGAAGUGGGUAUACAAGGUGAAGUUUAAUCCCAAAGGCAUGAUGAAGAAAAUUAAUGAACUCAGCACCCUUUGUGGCAUAGAUGCUUGUGCAAUAAUCUUUGACGAAAACUAUCCUGAACCAGAGGUUUGGCCAUCCACCACACAAGUAAGAAGUGUGUUAUCCAGGUACAUGAGUUUGUCUGAACUUGAACGGAGCAAAAAGAUGCUUAAUUUAGAGACCUACUUGAUGCAAACCAUUGAGAAAGCUCAAGAGUUGUUGAAGAAGCAAAUGGAAGAUAAUCAAAAGAAGGAAAUAGCAAUUCUUAUCGACCAAUUUAUUCAUACCGGUGAAUAUAAUAUAGGAAAUGUGAACUUGAAUGAUGUAACAUCUUAUAUUGAUAAGAAUUUGAAGGAAAUAGAGAAGAGGAUUGAUUCAAUGGAAAUCCAAGGGAAAAAAGAGGUUGGAAAUUGA